GUCACGUAAUACCAACUAGCCAAAACUGCCACACCCCUACCUGCUUUCGGGUUAGCCAUGUCAAUUGGCCAUGUUUACAGUUAGCAAAGGUGGCAUCGCCAUCGCUGGCAGUUCAAUAUGUCGCUGCGGCUGAUCUUCGUGCAUCGGUGGUGAUCGCAACAAGUUUGACCGAAAAGCGUCUUGGUUCGACGAAGUUUUUCUUCGUGUUUUCGGCCGUCGUGUGCAGUCAUGAAGGCAACCGCCUUCGGGUGGAAGCGUAAGGCGAGCGGAAAAGUGGCGACGGUCCUGGCAGCCGCAUUUGCAGAGAACUGCGCGGACGAAAACGCCGAUCCUCCCGAAGGCGUAGACUGGUUAAGCGGCUACAAGCGUCGCAGGAACCUGCUGUUGGAAGACUGCGCUCAAAAGAGUCGUCGCCUUCGGCAAGAAGGGACGACACUGGCGGAACUCGACAGGUGCUGGGAAGCUCUGAAGAAAUUUGAUGAAGCGCUCCAGCUCACACCUGGUGAUGUCGAAAUUCACGAGAUGAGGGCUCAGGUGCUGAUGCUGCUGCGAGAAGACUUUGCAGCUGUUCAGGAGGCAGAGCAAGUUGUCAAGCUUGAUCCCUUGUGGUGGGUCGCACACCAGACCCUUGGACGAGCGCAGCUACAGUUGGGCGAGAUUCAAAUGGCACUGCGAAGUUUCUGCUCUGCGGUCCACCUCAAUCCCGCGGACGAAGAGCUUCGUACGGAGGACCUCCUUUACACUUCGCAGCUUCUGAGAAAAAAACUGGUUGCGGAAGAGACUGCGAAGGAGACCCCAGUCUGCUUUGACGAAGAUGGCAACGUAGUCGAGGUGCAAGAAACCGAAACUCCUAAACCCGAACUCGUUCGUUGUCGAGAGAUCAGGUGACAGAAGUGUACAGGUCCAGAGGGUGCUGGAUCUGCGUUGUGAGAAAGACGGCAGGUGGUCAAGGUGUGGUGUUCUCUUAAUGAAGCCGGUGUGCUUUGAGGACUCAGUCUGAGAGAAAAGAGCCGAGUCGCCAUGCUUUUGGCUUGGACUUUCAACUUGGUGCAUUGUGGACUUUGCAGAAAGUGUUGCAUGUUCGUACCUGUAGCAGUGAGGUACUGAUGUACCAUGCUGGGACUAUUCACCUGCAACUGUCUCGAAAGACGAUCCUUCGGUUAAUAAUAAAAUUCUUGUUCAUGCUUGG